AUGGCAGGAGUUGGAUCCAAAGCCUCUGAACUAAUGGAAAUUCCGAUGAUUGAGAUGAUGAUACGUAGGAGGAAAAGGCCAAUGAAACGAAAAGCUGAGAAAUUUCAAUAUGAAAUUAAUGUUGAGGGUGGAAUUUACAUGUUGGUUCAAGUAAUAACAGGAUUUGACUAG